AUGAAAGUGGACGUAACUGAUGAAGAGGCCGUCGAAGCUGCAAUGGCGGAGUCAACUAAAGUGCUUGGAUCGAUCGAUAUCCUCUUCUGCUUUGUCGGUGUUGUUGGCUGCGUAGAGUCGUUGAACAUGCCCAUCCCGGCUGCAGCUCGACGAAUGGUGAGCCAAGGGAAUGGUGGCUGUAUCACUUUCAUCGCCUCUAUAUCAGGGCACCGUGUGAAUUACCCUCAACCUCAAGCUGCGUACAACGUCAGCAAGGCUGCAGUGCUGAUGCUAAAGAGCUGCCUUGCUGCCGAGUGGGCUCGCUAUGGCAUUCGUACUAACAGUAUCAGCCCCGGAUACAUGGACACAAUUCUCAAUGAGGGCGAUGGAAUUGCCGAACACCGGAAGAUUUGGGCUGCACGGAACCCGACUGGCAGGAUGGGAACUCCAUCAGAGCUAACAGGAGCUGUGGUGCUUUUGGCAAGUGACGCGAGCACGUACAUUAAUGGUUCCGAUAUACUUGUCGACGGUGGAGGAGUUGUCUUUUGA